CACAACACUGCAAAUAACACAAACAAGUUAAGUUUCAAAAUAUGGGAACACCAACAAAUUUGGGGCAAUGGCCCCUUCUUGUUUAUGUGUUUUCAUUUUGUUUAAUUGUAACUACUGCAACUGUUAGUCAUAAGCCUUAUUUUUAUCCUUAUGGACCCAUAACAUAUGACAAACCACCACCGCCUCGAUCACCACCACCUUCUCCUCCACCAUCACAUUACUAUAAGUCUCGACCACCUCUAUCAAAAUCUUCUCAUCCACGUCAUAAUAGUAAAUCACGACCACCCCCUUCACCAUCUCCACCGCCACUUUCUCCAUCACCACCUCCACCAAAGUCUUCUCGUCCAACUCGUAACAUUAAAUCACCACCACCUCCACCAAUGUCUUCUCGUCCACCUCGGAACGUUAAAUCACCACCACCUCCACCAAAGUCUUCUCAUCCACCUCGUAACUUUAAAUCACCACCACCUCCACCAAAGUCCUCUCGUCCACCUCGGAACAAUAAGUCACCACCUCCUCCUUCACCAUAUCCUCCACCGCCACCAAAGUCUUCUCGUCCACCUCGUAACAUUAAAUCACCACCACCCCCUUUACUAUCUCUAGCACCCCCUCCAUCUACUCAACCACCUCAUAACAAUAAAUCAUCACGUCCAUAUUCUCCACCACCGAACAACAAUAAAUCACCACCACCUCCAUCUUCUCAACCACCUAAAAACAAUAAAUCUCCACCACCUCCAUCUGCCCUACCACCUAGUCACAAAAGACCACCACCACCUCCAUCGUCAUCUCCACCCCCUCCAUCAGCCCAACCACCUCGUAACAAUAAACCACCACCACCCCCUAUUCCAUCUCCACCACCACCGCAAUCCGCCCAGCCACCUCGUAAUAAUAGACCACCACCACCCCCUUCCCAAUCUCCAUCACCACCUCCAUCCGCCCAGCCACCUCGUAACAAUAGACCACCACCACCCCCUUCGCCAUCUCCACCACUACUUCCAUCCACCCAGCCACCUCAAAACAAUAGACCACCACCACCUCCGUCGCUAUCCCCACCACCACCUCCAUCCUCCCAGCCACCUCGCAACAACAAACCACCACCACCCCCUUCGCCAUCUACACCACCAACUUCAUCCGCCCAGCCACCUCGUAAUAAUAGACCACCACCACCUCCUUCGCCAUCUCCUACACAACCUCCAUCCGCCCAGCCACCUCGGAACAAAAGACCACCGCCACCCCCUUCGUUAUCUCCACCACCCGCUCUAUCUGCCCAACCACCUCGUAACAAUAGACCACCACCACCUCCUUCGCCAUCUCCUACACAACCUCCAUCCGCCCAGCCACCUCGGAACAAAAGACCACCACCACCCCCUUCGCAAUCUCAACCACCACCGCAAUCCGUCCAGCCACCUCGUAAUAAUAGACCACCACCACCCCCUUCCCAAUCUCCAUCACCACCUCCAUCCGCCCAGCCACCUCGUAACAAUAGACCACCACCACCACCCUUGCCAUCUCCACCACUACUUCCAUCCACCCAGCCACCUCAAAACAAUAGGCAACCACCACCUCCGUCGCUAUCCCCACCACCACCUCCAUCUUCCCAGCCACCUCGCAACAACAAACCACCACCACCCCCUUCGCCAUCUACACCACCAACUUCAUCCGCCCAGCCACCUCAAAACAAUAGACCACCACCACCUCCGUCGCUAUCCCCACCACCACCUCCAUCCUCCCAGCCACCUCGCAACAACAAACCACCACCACCCCCUUCGCCAUCUACACCACCAACUUCAUCCGCCCAGCCACCUCGUAACAAUAGACCACCACCACCUCUUUCGCCAUCUCUUACACAACCUCCAUCCGCCCAGCCACCUCGGAACAAAAGUCCACCGCCACCCCCUUCGCAAUCUCCACCACCACCUCCAUCCGCCCAACCACCUCGUAACAAUAGACCACCACCACCCCCAUCGUCAUCUCCACCCCCUCCAUCAGCCCAACCACCUCGUAACAAUAAACCACCACCACCCCCUAUGCCAUCUCCACCACCACCGCAAUCCGCCCAACCACCUCGUAAUAAUAGACCACCACCACCCCCUUCCCAAUCUCCAUCACCACCUCCAUCCGCCCAGCCACCUCGUAAAAAUAGACCACCACCACCCCCCUUGACAUCUCCACCACUACUUCCAUCCUCCCAGCCACCUCGCAACAACAAACCACCACCACCCCCUUCGCCAUCUACACCACCAACUUCAUCCGCCCAGCCACCUCGUAACAAUAGACCACCACCACCUCCUUCGCCAUCUCCUACACAACCUUCAUCCGCCCAGCCACCACGGAACAAAAGUCCACCGCCACCCCCUUCGCAAUCUCCACCACCACCUCCAUCCGCCCAACCACCUCGUAACAAUAGACCACCACCACCCCCAUCGUCAUCUCCACCCCCUCCAUCAGCCCAACCACCUCGUAACAAUAAACCACCACCACCCCCUAUGCCAUCUCCACCACCACCGCAAUCCGCCCAGCCACCUCGUAAUAAUAGACCACCACCACCCCCUUCCCAAUCUCCAUCACCACCUCCAUCCGCCCAGCCACCUCGUAAAAAUAGACCACCACCACCCCCCUUGCCAUCUCCACCACUACUUCCAUCCACCCAGCCACCUCCAAACAAUAGGCAACCACCACCUCCGUCGCUAUCCCCAACACCACCUCCAUCCUCCCAGCCACCUCGCAACAAUAAACCACCACCACCCUCUUCGCCAUCUACACCACCAACUUCAUCCGCCCAGCCACCUCGUAACAAUAGACCACCACCACCUCCUUCGCCAUCUCCUACACAACCUCCAUCCGCCCAGCCACCUCGGAACAAAAGACCACCACCACCCCCUUCGCAAUCUCCACCACCACCUCCAUCCGCCCAACCACCUCGUAACAAUAGACCACCACCACCCCCAUCGUCAUCUCCACCCCCUCCAUCAGCCCAACCACCACUACCCUCUAUGCCAUCUCCACCACCACCUCAAUCCGCCCAGCCACCUCGUAAUAAUAGACCACCACCACCCCCUUCCCAAUCUCCAUCACCACCUCCAUCCGCCGAGCCACCUCGUAACAAUAGACCACCACCACCCCCUUCGCCAUCUCGACCACUACUUCCAUCCACCCAGCCACCUCAAAACAAUAGACCACCACCACCUCCGUCGCUAUCCCCACCACCACCUCCAUCCUCCCAGCCACCUCGCAACAACAAACCACCACCACCCCCUUCGCCAUCUACACCACCAAAUUCAUCCGCCCAGCCACCUCGUAACAAUAGACCACCACCACCUCCUUCUCCAUCUCCUACACAACCUCCAUCCACCCAGCCACCUCGGAACAAAAGACCACCGCCACCCCCUUCGCUAUCUCCACCACCCGCUCUAUCUGCCCAACCACCUCGUAAUAAUAGAGCACCACCACCCCCUUCGACAUCUCAAACACCACCUCCAUCCGCCCAGCUACCUCCUAAUAAAAGACCACUACCACCCCCUCCAUCCGCCCAACCAUCUCGUAAUAAUAGACCGCCACCACCCUUUUCGACAUCUCCAACACCACCUUCAUCCAUCCAACCACCUCGUAACAAUAGACCACUACCACCCCCUUCGCCAUCUCCACCACAACCUCCAUCCGCACAACCACCUCGUAACAAUAGACCACCACCACCCGUUUCGACAUCUCCACCACCACCUCCAUCCGUCCAACCACCUCGUAAUAACAGACCACCACCACCCGCUUCGACGCCUCCACCACCAACUUCAUCCACCCAAGCUCCUCUUAAUAAUAUACCACCACCACCCCCUUCGACAUCUCCACCACCACCUCCAUCCACCCAACUACCUCUUAAUAAUAGACCACCACCACCCCCUUCGACAUCUCUACCACUACCUCCAUCCGCCCAACCACCUCGCAACAAUAGACCACUACCUCAUUCGCCAUCUCCGCCAACACCUCCAUCCGCCCAACCACCUCGUAAUAAUAGACCACCACCACCCCCUUCCACAUCUCCACCACCACCUCCAUCCACCCAACCACCUCGCAACAAUAGACCACCACAAUCCCCUUCGACAUCUCCACCACCACCUCCAUCCGUCCAACCUCCUCGUAAUAAUAGACCACCGCCACCCCCUCCGACAUCUCCACCACCACCUCCAUCCGCCCAACCACCUCGUAACAAUAGACCACCACCACUUCCUUCGACAUCUCUACCACUACCUCCAUCUUCUCAACCACCUCGUAACAAUAGACCACUACCACCACAUCUAUUCGCCCAACCACCACCCCUUUCGACAUCUCCACCACCGCCUCCAUCCGCCCAACCACCUGGUAACAAUAGACCACCACCACCCCUUUCGACAUCUCCACCACCACCUUCAUCUACCCAACCACCUCGUAACAUUAGACUACCACCACCCCCUUCGUCAUCUCCACCACCACCUUCAUCUACCCAACCACCUCGUAAUAAAAGACCACCACCACCCCCUUCACCAUCUCCACCACCUCCACGUCAUAAUAAGUCUCCUCCACCCCCGCUAAGGCCCCAAUCUCCAUCAUACCGCUACAAGUCUCCACCUCCACCACCUCCGGUAAAGUCCCCACCUCCUCCAUCUAGAUUUUAUCUUCCUCCAUUGCCACGUAUAUCACCAAUUCCACGUCUAAUGCCAUUCAUUCCACAGCUACCACCAUUUAUUCCACGCAUACACCAUUAAUUCCACGUCUAAAGUAGCUAUUUCAUCCAUCAGCAUUGAAAUCUCAUGGGUAUUAUUACAUAUUAGCUCCUCUUCCAUUGCACUAGCAAACCAAGUUUUAUAAGAAUUGAAAGAUGUUGCAUCUUAGUCCAUCGGAAUUGCACGAUCAAUUUGAGGUUCUCCUUUGAGAGAUUUUCUUAUUGAGAUUGUACUGGUUUUUACUUUCAUUAAUAAAUUGGUGUAUUCCAAGUAAUAAGUAUCUGAAGAAAAUCAUUACUACUAUUGAUAGUUGUGAUAUUCAUGUGUAUCUUCAUUUUUAUGCUAAAUAAAGAAGUGAACUUCUAUGAAA